AUGUCCUCAAACGACUUGAGGGCCUCUGAGGAGCCACUGUCCCCAGACAAACGCCAUGGCUUUCUCCUAGAUCAUGCACCGGCAACCUCGCAAGGUACCUUCCUUGACGGUUCGAAUGAGGGAGUGGAAUCGUUAGAAGAGUACCAGGACGGAGGGUAUCACCCCGUUCGCCUCGGAGAUACUCUUGGACCUGCUGAUAGAUACAAAGUCAUUCACAAGCUUGGCCACGGUGGCUUUGGCACAGUCUGGCUUUGUCGAGAUUCAGUGAACGCCCGUUACAUUGCUCUCAAGGUCCUGGCCAGCGAGUUGAAGUCAGAUGACGUUCCCGACCUCACAUUAGCCGAAAUGGAUCAAUCUCAUCCUGGAGCUACUUAUAUCGCGACUCCAUUGGAUCAGUUCUCUGUUGAGGGACCAAACGGCGCUCAUCAUUGUCUGGUGCUUCCAGUCCUGGGGCCUUGUGUCUCACCGGACUUAUGGAUGCGAUUGGAAAAGGAUUCAGGUCCUGCCUUACGUACAUUUGCCCGCCAGAGUACACAGGCACUCGACUUCCUGCAUAGAAAUCAGAUAUGCCACGGAGACUUCCGUCCUGCCAAUAUUCUAGUGAAGCUGAAAAGCUUGGAUCACCUAUCUGAGGAUGAGUUGUUUGCAAAGAUCGGAAAGCCCACGAAGGUUUUGGUGAGGACAGAGUUGGAGGAACUUCCCCCCUCUUGCCCGGAGUACGUGGUCCGACGUGCAGAUUUGUCCGAGCUUGGAAACGAAUAUCUGACAGAUGAGAUUUGUGUAAUUGAUUUCGGAGAAUCAUUCAAAUUCUCGGCGCCUCCAGAAGGGCUUGGUAUUCCUGAGAACUACCUUCCACCGGAGGUAUUGCUGGACCUUCCGGACGCUUUUGGUGCAGCCUGUGACCUUUGGGCUCUCGGAUGCACACUCUUUGAGAUUCGCGAACAGCUACCGCUGUUUUACAUGAUCUACGACAACGAUGAGUUAUUGUCAGACAUGGUUCGGUUCUUUGGCAAGUUCCCGGAAGAGUGGUGGACCAAAUGGGAGGGUCGCGAAGAAUAUUUCGAUGAGAGCGGAAAAUGGUUAAGGGAAGAGGAGGACUGGUCUCUUGAAGUGGCGCUCAGUAAGCCGAUCGAGAUCUUUGAUUCGGGAGAAGAUUACAAGAAGGGACCCAAGCAGUCCUUGGUAACCCCCGAACCAGAGCAGAAACUAUUGGCAGAUCUGCUAUACAAGCUGUUUCAGUAUAGCCCCGAGAAGCGCAUCAGCGCAGAAGAAGCGCUGAAACAUGAAUGGUUCAGGAUUUAA